AAAAAAGAAGAAGAAGAAAACAAAUCCAUGGCCGCAUCUUGUUGUACUUGUUGCAUCAUCAGUAGUACCAUUCAUCUCAAUAACACAAGUAUUAUCAAAUCAUCAGCUGCUUCUACUCUCCUUAAUGAUCGGCAAAUAUGUUUCUUUCUCCGCCGCCGCCGCCGGAGUAAUUUGCAGACACCAUCAAACAAGAAUUUGGUCGUAAGAAAUGCUACACCGGAAGCAGCAACCGCGGCCGUAGAUGUUCUCUCUUCUUUCUCUCUCACCGGCGGCAUACCGGUGAUCUCUCUCGCCGGAGACAAUCCCUUGUUAGCUGGUGCAGCUGGAUUGUUUGUGGUGUUACCCAUGGUGGUCCAAAGGCUAUUAACACUAACAAAGGAGGUUGAUAUGGCGGCACAGACGGUGGAGAAAAUAGCGGACGCGGUGGAGAAGGUGGCGGAGGAGGUGGAUAAAGCCGCCGAAGGUAUUGCGGCGGGGUUGCCGGAAGGUGGGCUCAAGAAAGUUGUUAAGUUUGUUGAAGUUUUGGCUGAAGAAACAGCUAAGGAUGCUCAGAAAGUCGAAGAUUUGAUGGACAAGGUGGAAGAACUGGAUGACAAGGUGGAGGAAUUUCUCAACAACAAAUUUAAUGGCACUGGUAAAGCCUAACACGAAAACACUAAGGCCUCGUUUGGUUGCAUGAUUAACUAAAGAAUUAGCCUUUGUUUGAUGUUUAGUAUUUCCAAUAACUUAUCGGAUCGACCAGCAAAAAUCAUGUUAUCAUGACUUAUCUUGCCUUCCAGGCGUGUUUUUUAUUGGAUCAUAUCACACACUCUACAACACAUAUCAAUCCAUGUUACAUAACAACAAAAUCCAAAAAAAAAA